ACAGGGUUGGUCUAUUUCCAAGUUUAGGAGGACACUGAUACAUGUAGUUCUAUCUCUUUUCUAACUUAAUCUCAAAAUGGGUUUUGGAAAUUUGUUUAAGAGGAGCAAGCCCAAGGCUUCUACCAGGGCUAGAGUUGAGGUUGCGCCUCCAACCCGAGGUUACAGUGGCAAACAGAACUAUGAUGACAUCGUUGCUGCUUGCCGGGCAAGUGGCCAACUCUGGGAGGACCCCGAGUUUCCAGCAGACGAUAAGUCAAUUUUCCCAUCGAUCCAGAUGCCACAGUCGCCACAUUGGAAGCGACCCUCGGAAAUCUGUUCAGAUCCUCAGUUGUUUGUUGGCGGUGGUAGCCGUUUUGAUGUCAUGCAGGGAGCUCUCGGCGACUGCUGGCUGUUGGCCGCCGUAGCCUCCCUCUCCCUCCACGACGAGCUUCUUCAGAAGGUCAUCUCACCCGAACAGGACUUCAGCACCGGUUGCAUCAAGUUUAGCUUCUGGCAGUACGGAGAAUGGAAGGACGUCUUGGUCGACGACAGGCUACCCAUAAGGUACACAGGGAAACAGGACAGACCAAUGGACCUCAUUUUCAUGCAUUCUGACCAGCACAACGAAUUCUGGUCCGCACUAUUGGAGAAAGCAUAUGCCAAAUUGAACGGUAGCUAUGAGAACCUGAAAGGAGGUCAGACCAGCGAGGCGAUGGAGGAUUUCACAGGGGGCGUAACCGAAGUCAUCAACAUUAAAGGUGGAAAAGCCCAGCCCGACUUGUUCAACAUUAUGAAGAGAGCAAACGAUAGGCGAUCCUUGAUGGGAUGCAGUAUAAAUGCUAAGCCCGGUGAAGUUGAAGCCAAAGGAGACAUGGGACUGGUUAUGGGCCAUGCUUACAGUAUUACUAACGUGGUUAAGGCAACUUUGAGGAAUGGCCAGCAGGUUGAACUGGUUCGAAUCCGCAACCCGUGGGGUAACGAACGUGAGUGGGAAGGUGCAUGGGGAGAUGACUCUAAAGAAUGGAAGAUGAUGCCUGAAGAGGAGAAGAAGAGCAUUGGAAUAAGUUACGACGACGAUGGUGAAUUCUGGAUGUGCUACCAAGAUUUCAUCAAAUACUUCCAAAAGGUGGAGCUGUGCGCUCUGGGUCCCGACUCGGCAAAAAAUGACGACCCAAAGGGAAAGAAGAUUAGAUGGGAGGCCCACGAGGAGUCUCACUCAUGGGCGAAUGUCACUGCUGGUGGUUGCCGUAACUUCCCAGAUACCUUCUGGGCUAAUCCUCAAGUUUAUAUCAAAGUCGAGGACCCCGACGAAGAUGAUGAUCAGGACACAAGCACUAUCAUCAUUGGCUUAAUGCAGAAGGACCGCAGGAAGAAGAAACAGGAAGGAGGUGGCAUGCGAACAAUCGGAUUCGCCAUUUACCAGGUGCCAGACGAAUAUUUGACAACCCCACCUAGUCCCUUACCAAAGGGAUUCUUCCUGGAACACAAAGCCUACGCACGGUCUAGCUCCUUUAUCAACUCCCGUGGCAUCUGCAACCGAUUCAAAGUCCCACCCGGAAAUUACGUCAUUGUCCCCUCCACAUUCAAAGCCAAUGAAGAUGCGAACUUCCUGUUGAGGAUCUUCUCGGAGAAGGAACACCAUUCUGUGCCGAUGGACGAGGAAAGCGGAAUGCAUGAAAUUGACCAAAAAGAUAAGACUCCCGCAGAGGUGGCCCAAGCUGCGGAAUUCCACCGGAUCUUCCUGAAGGUGGCUGGAGAGGACGAAGAUAUGGAUGCCAAGGAGCUGAUGGCGCUUCUAAAUGCUGUCUACAAGAAACAAUUUGACUUUGGCGGGUUCAGCCUGGAGACGUGCCGGAGUAUGGUCUCUCUCAUGGAUGUGGACGAAUCCGGAAAGCUGGGCUGUGAGGAGUUCGUGGACCUUUAUGAGCUCAUCACUCUUUGGCAGAGGGCGUUCCGGAAAUAUGACGAGGACAGAAGCGGGAAACUUGCCUCAAUUGAACUUCGAAAUGCCCUCAGGGAUAUCGGUUUGACGGUGAGCAACGCAGCCCUGCAUUGUUCAGUUCUGAGAUUUGCCUCGAGUGAUGGCGAGAUCGAGUUUGAUGACUAUAUCCUCCUGUGCUGUCGACUCCGGACCUGUUUCGAAACGAUCCAGGCCAUGAAGCGAGGCGGCCAGUUAGGUCUCGACAAAGAACUGUUCAUCAAGACCUGUAUCUACUUGUAAGAACAGACAACAAAAAUGAAUAACAGGUGACGAAAGGUUCGUCACAGGGUCGAACAAAUCUUAUAGGCCAUUUUAAAGUCACCUGCAUAGAGGAGGAGGGACUCUAGUUCGGCGUCUAGCAUAAGAGAGGUUCUACAGCUGCACGAAAACUAGAGAGAGUUUACUUCACGUAUUCUUUCGAUUUCGGAAGUGAGCCGAUAACUGAACUCAUUACGGAAUUUACCGUUUCGUGAAUUUCCUCCAACCGUAUACUAUAUUGGGAAAACAUAACUUUUAAUGACAUUACUAAGAAUCGAUGUAUUUUAUGAAGUGUAAUCUUGAUGAUAACGGCGGUAUUUGAGUGUCCCAACAGAAACGCAGACUUGACCAAUGAAAAUGUACUGGUAUAUGAAAGAGCCUCAGCAUGGCAAUACAGAAAUCAUGCAUAAUGUUUGGGAAUCUCAACCUGGAAUCUCAAGUCUGGUCCAUUUGCCUCUGAUGGGAGAGCAUGCCCAUGACAUCGCACGGAUUUCCUUUGAGGGGUCGUUUUUACAAAAAUGGUGGAGCCAUUUACGGUCAAUUUUUGAUAGGAAGGUUGCAUGAAACCGCCAGUCAACCGCCGUCUAAAAUUGUGCCUCAUUUAAAAUGUUCUUUUACUCGUGAACAAGUUUUUAUCUACACUAAUAAUGCUCUGCAUGCAAUUGUGUUUGCAAUAUGGUUUCAAUAUACAUGUGGUAUGUCAUUUAUCCUAUUCUAAUAGACAAAUCAAUGUACUGGUUACUGUUUAAUCAAAAAUAAAUUAACU